GUCAAACCAACGUGGUAUGAUAGCGCCACCUGCUGUUGGCACACGUGCAGUGUGUGUGAAAUGAGAAAUGGUGGCGUUGCUAAGAGGAUUAAAGCUGGACGCUGAGUGGCUACUCAUUUUACUAUGAGCCAAUGAAAUUAGCCGUUGUAUUGAGGUGCAAAGCGUCUGGAUACGAGUCGGGUAGUUGGCUUCUGUAAAGACGUCUUGACUCUUAUUCAAUAUGAAAAAGAAGAAGAUUUUGAAUACAAAAAAAUGGUCUUAUUAGCUACUUAGUUAGCUACUCUUUAUUAUAGUUCCUUAAAAACAACAAACAUCAACGUCUUCCUCCAACCAAAUCAACCAUCAAUCCGACAUCAGGACAGGAUGUCAACAUUUAGCUUCAGGAGAAGUGGAAAGAAAGCCUUUAGGCACAUAGCUCACGGCUUGAUCCCUGCAGCCACCAUCGCCCCCCGGCCUGCUGUACCCCGUACCCCUCCCCCUCGCAGCCCGUACCCCUCUCCAGAAAGACCCAGGUCUGCCUUGGCAGCCGCCAUCUUGUCGUCGUCGUUGACCGGCCGGACCAUCGCCCUCCCUCCUGCACGCCCCAGAUCCUUCUCCGAGAGUGACUACUCACGCUCAGAGACACACACCACGUUCGAGCCUUACGCCAGCACAGCGCUCUACACUAGAGACGGAGAGCCAGAAUCUUUGGCUGGCCGGCCUCGCUUGCCCUCUCCUGGGCUCUCUGAAGACCAUGAUGAUGAAGAGGAGGAGGAGGAGGACUUAGAGAGAUCGGUUCUGUCAGAUGAAGAUGGUCAUGUCUACCAGUCUCUGGAUCGCCGGGGGAAAAGUCCCACCAGAGACAGAUAUGACAUCUACGCCCGGCCUGUAAAACAGAGGGAUGUUCUGUCAGAGGGCAGAGAGGAGACUGAUGACUCUGCCUUCGACAUAGUGUCCCCUCUACCCCCAGAGGAAGCUGAGGUUCAUCAGAUGUUUCCAACACCAGUUCAGAAGGCCACACCGUCCGAACUGAGGCCUUCGUCUUGGUCUCGUAGAAGCAUGCCUUCCCCAGAUCUGACAGAAGAAAGCUUCCGUGCAUCUCAGAAGAGGUCUUCAGCCCAGAAGACCAAGAGUUCAGGAAGCAGGAGAGAUGGACCAUCAGAGGCCAGCAGUGCCUACAGAGAGGUUCUGGACAUGCAGAAGGAGAUGGUUCGGUCUUUAACAGAGCAGAACCAGGCCCUGGGGGCAGACAGGAGGGUGCUGGAGCAGAGGUGUACUGAACAGAGCCUGCAACUGCAGAGGAGCCACCAGAGGGUCCAGAGUCUGGAGCGGGAACUCAGCAAGGCCCCUGUCCCUACAGCAGGUGAACAGGCAGAGCUGCUGAGUCUGAGGCAGCAAGCCCAGGAGGUGGUAGACGAGAACGACAGCCUGAAGAUGACCGUCCAUCGCCUCAAUGUGGAGCUCAGCCGCUACCAGACACGCUUCAGACCCCUGGGCAAAGAAGAGAGCUCCAGGACCCAUGGCUUGCCACUUAAAGGAUCUGCUCCUCCCUGGCUGCUGGACAUGAAGUAUUUAUCUCCAUUGUUGUUGUCUUAUGAAGACCGGCUCACUGAGAAAGAUACUCUCCUGCAGGCCUCGGAGGAGUCAGCCACAAGUCUCUCUGGGAGGAGUGGCCAGGAGGUGGUGUGUCUCUGUCAGGAGAACCAGAAGCUACACCUGGACCUUACUGUCUCUCUGUCAGGAAGAGUCAGCCACAAGGAGUGGAGGCAGCUCCAGGAGCAGGCCCGUCUGGUACUUCAGGAGAACCAGGUCCUGAUAGAGCAGCUGGAGGUGCAGCAUACGAAGGCAAAGGACAGUCAUGGGAGACAUUUGACUGAGGUCUCUAAGGUGUGUAAGCAGCUGAUGUUGCUGGAGGCAGAGAAGCAGAGGCUGGAGGGGGAGCUGGAGGUAACGAGGAGAGAGCUCCACACUCUGCAGACAGAACACCUGCAGGCACGGUGCAGUCUGGAGAAUGCAGUCAGCUGGGAUGAACACCACGCUAUCGCCACCAAACUCAAACGCCAACUGGAGGCUGAUUCAGGCCGUCAGCAGACUGAGCUAGAGGAGCUGCAGCAGAGAGUGACUAGUCUACAGACAGAGAAGAACAGUCUGCUGUUGGACAAAACCAACCUGACUGCUGACAUCAAGAGUCUGGAGGCUGACCUGGAGGUGUCUCGACAUGCUAACAGAAAGGCCCAGAGGCGUAUAGGCCUGUUGAAGCAACAAGUUGAUGACUCUAUAGAUAAGGAGAUGAGAGCCCAUCACUACCUGUCCUCUAUCGUAGCUCUGGCUGAGAAGACCACACAGGAGAGAGACCAGCUAGUAUACAUGGCCUCGUCCCUAGAGCACGACAAGCAGGGGGUGAUCAGCAGGAUUGUGGAGGACACCGUGCGGCUCGGAAAGCUUCAAGAGAAGGUCAAGGUGUACAAGAAGCAGGCAGCCUGCAGCCUGGGGGUUCUGGGCCAGAGGCUGGUGGAGCAGGAGGAGGACUUUUCAGGGAGGGCAGCCUCCUACCAGACAGAAAUACAGCACCUCCAGAGGCUUCUACGAGACAAACAGCACGACCUGGACGGAGUGCUGCAGCAGAAAAGGUACCAGCCAGGGAAACAGGCAGACAGUCAGUGA